UUUCCAGAACACGAUCCGGCGGUUUCGAUGCCUCCCACAUACUUUCCUCUCCGGUGGGAGAGCACCGGCGAUCAGUGGUGGUACGCUACUCCGAUUGAUUACGCUGCCGCCAACAGCCAGUACGAGUUAGUCCGUGAGCUCAUCCGAAUAGACUCCAAUAACCUCAUGAAGCUCACUUCCCUCCGCAGAAUUCGCCGCCUCGAGACCGUCUGGGACGACGAGUCCCACUUCCACGACGUCGCCGCCUGCAGAUCACGCGUCGCCAGAAAACUCCUCGCCGCCUGCGACCAAGGAUCCAAGGUGAACACUCUUCUCCGGUCUGGCUACGGCGGCUGGGUGAUGUACACGGCAGCCUCCGCCGGAGAUCUAUGUUUUGUCCGCCAUCUCCUCGAGAGGAAUCCUCUGCUCGUGUUCGGCGAAGGAGAGUACGGCGUCACCGACAUCCUCUACGCAGCUUCCAGAAGCCUAAACGACGACGUUUUCCGUCUGAUUUAUGAUUUCGCGGUUAGUCCGAGGUUUGCCGGCAACGGCGGUUUCGAUAAUCAAACAGGAGAGACUCCGGCGGCUUACAGAAGGGAGAUGAAGAACAGGGCGGUUCACUCUUCUUCUAGAGGAGGCAAUUUGGUAAUUCUCAGGGAGCUUCUGAGUGAGUGCUCUGUUGAGGAUGUGUUGGCCUUCCGAGACAAACAGGGCUCAACAAUUCUCCACGCAGCCGCCGGAAAAGGAAAAACUCAGAUUUUGGCGAUGCUUUCAGGUGGUUAAAGCGCUUGCGCUUCAUACGGUUUAUUAUUAUUGGACGCCAUAGACAACCAAGGGAACACGGCUUUGCACGUCGCAGCCUACCGUGGCCACGCUGAUCUCGUGGAAGCUCUGAUCUCGGCCUCUCCAUCUUUGAUCUCCGCCAGAAACAACGCCGGUGACACUUUCCUUCACGCCGGAAUCUCCGGUUUCCAGACCCCGGCUUUCGAGAGGCUCGACAAGCACACGGAGCUCAUGAACCGCCUCAUCAAGUCCGCUGCCUCCAAGUCCCCCUGCGAUGUCGUGAAUUAUAGGAACAACCAAGGACGCACGGCUCUUCACUUGGCGAUCUCCGGGAGCGUUCCUCUUGAGUUCGUUGAGAUGCUCAUGUCUGUGAAAUCCAUUGAUAUCAACAUAAGGGAUGCUUCUGGUAUGACUCCGCUUGAUCUCAUCAGGCGCAAGCCGCAGUCUCCCACGUCGGAUCUCCUGUUUCGACGGUUGGUAUCAGCCGGAGGGAUGUUCAGCUGCCGUGAGCAGAGCAUCACAAGUGUGGUCGCGUCUCACUUGAAGGACAGAGGAAACUCUUACAGCCCAGGAGCUCGUUUCGGGACAUCGGACGCUGAGAUUUUCCUAAGCGCCGGACUUGAACUUGAAGCUGUGCCUGACAAGACUGUUGUCACUAGGCACGUGAGAUCCAGCUCCUGUUCCAUUGAGAUUGGUCGUCAUCAGCUAAACCUGACGGAUGAGAAUCAUCAUCUCAAGAUAUGCAGAAACUCUUCUGUUAACGCUGCAACAGAGAGGUUGAAGAGCGUUUUCCAUUGGCCGCGAAUCAAGAAACAACCUGGACAUUCCAAGAACGAUUCUGAGAUCAGCAUCAUUUCUACAGCUGCUCAAGAAACUCAUGUGCCUCUCCGACAGAGAUUCUCAAAAAGCAGCGCUUCGUCUCCUGCUCUUCCUAGUAACAACAAUAAAAGAAGUUUGUCCGUGAGAAGUAACCAGUCGAGUCCAAGGGCAAAAAAGAAGCGGUUUGGUUCGGCGCGGUCUCGUUCGAGCUCUUUUUCGAAAAUAUCCAUCCACUCUUCUUCCACUUCUUCAUCUUCGAGCAUGGUUGAUCUUAAACAGAAGGGAGUGCUGAUCGAUGCGAACAUAACCGGACCAUCUCGACUGAACCGGCCUGAGCCGGUGAAAAGUAAGUUAGCCGAGAAGCAGGGUUCGGUGAGGAGCAGAUUAAAGAGCCAUUACUUCUGCUUUGGCGCUUCAGCUUUGUCUGUGAAAACGCCGGUUACGGUCUUGGUAUAACGCGGUUUUUUUGGGUGUAGAGCAAAACCGGAUUGACAUGUGAGAGAACCAAAAGAAAUAGCAUUGAAAUGUAGUCGUUAAUUAUGGUUUUAUAAGUGCAAUCUUUGGAUAUAUAUUGAUUGUAAACUAAUCUUCUGCAUCUAAUGAAUUCUAAAUGAUUUG